GUUGUGCGUGAACACGAUCAGCAAAUCAGCCUUCCGUAUGUUCGAUAUAGUGAUUGGCCAGAGUAUCGAGCCUAUGAGGAUGAAUCAACUGGGCAUGUGAUUGUUUCGUUCAAAUUUAUUGGCCUGAAGGUAAUCUGGGAUGGUGAAUCGUUUGUCGAAAUUGUACUCACCAAACGGCAUCAGUUUAAGGUGUGCGGUUUGUGCGGUAAUUUCAACAACGACCCGGCCGAUGAUUUAUUACCUCGUUAUGCAAUGUCCUUGAGCCAAUCAAUAUCUAAAUUUGCACAAUCCUGGGCCGAAGAUAUCAGCUGUUCAUGGCUUCAAAUUGAAAAAGACAAUCGAAACAGUGCAUUGUUUGAAGAAUAA